AUGGAUCUAACAAGAUCGUACAGGGAAAGUCUAAACUCAUCUCUACAGAUACGGGUCACACAAAAUAUUUUUUUCAAUCAAUUUACCUAUGUACAAAUAAAUUUGCACUUAAUUUCUCUUAUAGAUUUUUAGUUGAAGUCCUUCUAAAUAUUAUUAAGAAAAUCAAACCUUUUCAAAAUUAAUUCAUUCUAAAUAAGGAAUAAAGGAAAAAAGCAAAUAACAUAUUAUAAAAUUUAUUAAAGUGCAUCACACAGAAAAUAUAAUCUUUAUUAUAAAAGUUUAAUAUUAAAUAAUUACUUUGUUAAUUAACUUAAAUGA